AUAUAGGUAGUUGGCUUAAAACUGUUUUGCGCUGCACUGUGUUUGCACCAUAAUUUUAUUGUAUCGCUAAGUAUCAAGUUCAAAAUGAAUGUCUUCCGCCUAAUAGCCGAUAUAUGUCAUCUGCUAGCUAUCGUAACGCUUCUGGGUAAAAUAUGGAAAACUAAAUCAUGUGCAGGUAUUUCUGGAAAGACGCAGAUCUUGUUUGUGAUGGUAUUCGUAACAAGAUACGUGGAUUUGAUGACAACCUAUGUAUCGCUCUACAACACAACGGCAAAAUUGAUUUUCAUUGGCCUCUCCGUCGCCACGACAUUCUCCAUUUACAUGUCGUUCAGAGAAACCUACGACGAUGAGCAUGACACCUUUCGUGUGGAAUUCCUCCUGGCACCAGCGACUAUUUUGGCUUUACUCAUUAAUCACGAGUUCACUUUUAUAGAAAUUAUGUGGGCGUUCAGCAUUUACCUGGAAUCCGUGGCGAUUUUGCCCCAACUCUUUAUGAUUUAUAAGAUAGGGGAAGCCGACAUGUUUACUUUGCACUACCUUUUAGUACUCGGCUCAUAUCGUGCAUUUUACAUCUUGAACUGGAUCUACCGCUACCAAACGACUGGCUAUUACGAUCUUAUAAGCAUUGUGGGCGGUCUAGUGCAAACGGCGUUCUUCUGCAAUUUCUUUUUCUUUUCAGCUAAACCUUCGCUGCGCGUUGAAAGAAUAAAGAACCUCGGGGGUUGCGAGUAUCUGCUGAUUACUCCUGGACGGAGAUUGGGUUUUCCAACGCCCGAAUGCGUUAGAUCUGCGAUUUCGAAUAUUGGCAUCAAGGAAGGCUCUUUUCCGGUUGUACUCGAUGCUAAAAAUAUUCAAGCAACUGAUCUAGACGCCAAUAAGCGAGCCAAACUUCUUGUCGAUGAUUUCGUACAAAGAAAGCAAUUUUUACUCUUCUGCAAUAUAAAUCUCAACGAUGUGUUGGAAGAACUGCAACCCAGCGAAUUCGUUCAUAAUUGUGCGCAGGAAGAUCUUGAUCUUAUUUUGAAAAAGUACAUUGGUAGCACAAUACUGGAAAUAACUAAAGAAACGGAUAAUAUGUUGGAUUAUAGUUUACAUCUAUAAUGACUUUUUUUACUUAAAGAAUUUUUCUUAUAUUUUUGUGCAUAAACCAAUAAAAUUAUACUGUAAUUUUUA